AUGUCCGACACCGCAGCGCCCGCACCUACAGGCCAGCCCGAUUAUUCGACAUGGAGCCCAUCGAGUCUGAUCGCCCGGAUCACCGAGCUAGAGCGCCAGCUACAUUCGCGCACCUCCGAAUUCACUCCCACGCCCGCGAACCAGCCCGCGCCGAGCGCCACAGCACCGACCCCGACAACGACAGGACCCCCGGCGAGCCCCUCCCAGGCAGUGCCACACAAGAAACAGAAGGUCGCGGACGUGAACGACAUUACGCAUGUCCGCGCGCCCAAUAAGCCGCCCAAGGCGCCCCGCGAGAUGGACCCGUCCAAGUACCACACCCGGUUUAUUGCGUUGAAGUUUGCCUACCUCGGCCAGCGGUACAACGGCCUCGAGCAUGCGAACGGGAAUGUGACCCCGCUGCCGACUAUUGAGGAGGAGCUGUGGAAGGCGCUCCGGAAGACGCGUCUGAUCUUCCCCACGGGUGCGACGGCCGACGAUAUGCGCGAGUUCCAGGAACCUCGAGCGCUGAAGCCCUACGCGCUCAACUGGGAGGGCUGCGAGUACUCCAAGGCUGGACGGACGGACCGGGGCGUGAGCGCGUUCGGGCAGGUGGUUGGUAUUAGGGUGCGGAGUGCGCGGCCGAAGAAGAAGGCUGCUGUCGCGGACCCUGGCGCGGAUACUCCUAUGCAGGAUGGAGGCGAGGGGAAUGUGACGGCCGACAGAUCGGUUGAUGACAACUGGGAUGAUAUUGCCGAUGAACUACCCUACAUAAACUUGCUGAAUCGGGUCCUCCCAGAGGAUAUCCGUGUUCUAGCGUGGUGUCCGCAUCCACCAGAGGGAUUCGACGCACGCUUCUCGUGUCGCGAACGUCAGUACAAAUACUUCUUUACCCAGCCGGCUUUCUCGCCCACCCCCGGACCUGGUGGCUUUGCGCCGCGCGCGAACGACAAGGCCGGAUCCGUUCCUAAGUACAGAGAAGGCUGGCUAGACAUUGAGGCGAUGCGCGAAGCGGCGCGGAUGUUUGUGGGACGGCAUGAUUUCCGGAACUUCUGCAAGUUGGAUACCAGCAAGCAGAUUGAGAACUUUGAGCGCAUUAUCUACCAUUCUGACAUUGAGUUGGUCGAUCCGCGAUCGACCCCGCUUGGCUAUGUGGCUCAGCCAGGGUUCACAGCUUUGGAGAGCCCUUCUGCAGAGCAGGGCUCUGGAUCCUUGGAGACCCCUGUACCGACUGCGUCUCAGGUCUAUGUCUUCUCUCUGCAGGGCUCUGCGUUCUUGUGGCAUCAGGUCCGACACAUGGUCAGUGUGCUAUUCUUAGUCGGACAAGGGCUCGAAAAGCCCUCGAUUGUAUCUGAGCUGUUGGACGUGUCGAAGAACCCGCGCAAGCCGUCCUAUGAGAUGGCUUCCGACGCUCCGCUCGUCCUCUGGGAUUGUAUUUUCCCCAAUGAGGAGAGUGGUAGCCGCGAAGAUGCAUUGGAGUGGGUCUAUGCCGGAGACCCUCGGCAGACAAAGACCCAAGUUGGCAAGGGCAGCAGCAAGUUUGGGCUUGGGGGCGUGGUCGAUAAUCUUUGGUCUGUCUGGAGACAGCGCAAGAUAGACGAGAUCCUCGCCGGUUCCCUGCUAGAUUUGGCGAUCAGCCAGGGUGAUCAAAACAUUGGCAAAAGCGAAUUUUCGGCGUCUGAGAUCAAGAACAGGGGUCAAAAGGUGUUCUAUGGUGCAAAUGAGGCCAGGACUGGUGGUCCGUAUGUUCCCAUCAUGGAGAAGAGAAAGCUGGACCCGGUGGAGGUACAGAAUGCCCGAUGGCUCGCUUCGAAGCAACGGAGGACCGCCAAUGCAGAGAGUAACAAGAUGGAAUGUGAAUGA